AGGACCUUCUUUGAAGAAGGGAGAUUUUUCUUUGAGGGAGGAGGUAAAAGAAGGCAAUUACGGGAUAUGUGACCAAGUUCUUUGCAGUGUCCACAUGUGGGAGGCACCCAAGGAUAAUCAACUUGAACUUCCACAACCUCGCCGCUUUGUCUGACAAACUCGACAACGCGAGGCAGAGGUUCAGACAGCUUUACUUCUACUUUCACAUGCGACAAAGUCAAACUAACGAGAUUCAAGAUCCAGCGGGACACCAGUUAAAUGAGCCCAGAUUUGGAUUGCUUCCCUUGGCGCAGAGCACCCAUUUGAAGACCACUGAGAAGCAUGGAACAUUGAGUCCCCGACAUAUCACACAUUUUUCUCUAGAAUCUUUUGACGGAGGUUAUUUACUACAAUAUCAAGACACAAGCUGUCGUAAAAGUUGCAAUCCAGGGGAUGGGAGCUUCCUCUAAGUGUAAGUUUGCCACCUUUGUAAACCAUAUGGAGGACCUCAAGUUUACGCACGCGUUUAAAUAAUGACGUAAUUAACUUGAGAAUUUUGUAACAAAGCUGAUUUGGCUUUUAAUUUCUCAUGAUAAUUAAAGAGCAUGGUACCCUUAUCUUUACUUGUCACUUUGGCUUUGUUUGUCAAUUUUUUUGCUAUUGGAUGGCUAUUAUUUUUCUGGUUUCUGUGUGAUUUUUUUUGGGUUAUAUGUCUACACUUUACAGAAUUGGUUCAGUACACACUCGAGAACAAUGGUUUGUUUUUAGCUAAACAUAAGCUUUUAACUCUUAUGUCUAGGGAAUGUGUACUUAACAAAAUUAAUCUAACGACUUCGAAAUACAAGUCACCAACAAGAAUCGUAUACCCUAAUUAAGUUUGGGCAUGGGCUUUCUCGUAAGUCGUAACCAGCAUGCACAAGAUAUAUUUUAUACCGCCUUCUUACUCUAUUUUUCUGUCAAAGGCCUUUUUAAAAUAUUUCUUACGAUACGAGCUCAGAGGGAAGCUAGGUUUUACAGCAAAGUCUGUUUCAGCCAGGAAAUAUAAGCGCAAUACGCGAGCUAAGACCUUGUUGGAUGAAAGAGAAAACUCAGAUACGAAUACGAUCCCUACUGAACUCAUAAUCGAAAUACUCUCGAGGCUGCCAGUGAAGUCUAUAGGGAGAUGUCGUUGCGUAUCAAAGCUCUGGGCCUCCACACUUCGCCUUCCCUAUUUCACAGAGUUGUUCAUCACCAGAUCUUCAGCUCGCCCGCAUCUAUUGUUCAUCAAUAGAGAAAAAGGCAAAUUAUUAUUCCUCUCGUCACCUCAGCCUCAAAACUCGUCUCCUGUAGCCGUCAAGCAUAUUUCCCGUAUCCCCUUUGGUGGUUAUCAGUAUCACUGUGAAAUUAGUGGUCCACGGCUUGGUCUGUCUCACAGAUAAGAGUUUAUAGAGAGAUCAGAGAUGUCAAUAGUACAUAUAAUAUGUAAUCCUAGCACGGGACAAACAUUAACGUUACCCAAAGUGAAGAAAACGAGGAUGGUUGAGGUGAGAAGCAUUCUUGAAACGAUGAGCUUUAUGGGGUAUGAUCCCAUUUAUAAACGAUUCAAGGUAUUAUCCUCGAGAUAUGACUUCGACCGUUGUAUCACCGAGCAUCAACUUCUGACUCUGGGAACUGAAAAAAUUGAGUGGAGAAUAAUACAAUGCUGCAUACCCCAUUAUUGUUGGGUUACAGGAAUAUGCAUCAAUGGUGUUUUGUAUUAUAAAGCCAAAAAUUAUCGUACACGAACUUCUAUAAUAGUUUGCUUUCACUUUAUGUCUGAGAAGUUCAGUUGUAUUGAACUGGACACGACUUUCAAGGAAGCAGUAUUUAACCAAUCUAUGAUUAACUACAAUGGCAAAUUAGGUUCAGUUAAGAUUAACAGGUUUAAACUUGGUGGAACUCACAGUAUAGAGUUGAUGAGCAUAGGGGAUUCUGAAAACCAAGAAUGGUCGAAGCAUACAUACAUACUGCCUCCUGUGUUGAAAAAUGUGGUUGGAAAAGAAGUGCUACGCUUUGCUGGAGUUACUGAUAGUAAUGAAAUCGUGUUUGGUCACCCCUCCUGCGUUAUAUAUUACAACAUCGAAAAAUACACUAUCGUAAAAGUUAGAAUCCAAGGGAUGGAAGCGUUUCAGAGUACUAAUCUGUCCACCUUUCUAGACCAUAAAGUUUUUGACUAUAUCCGUAAAGUUCAGCUGUUUCUAUAAUUGACUAUGUAAAUUCUCUGCAUAUAUUAGUACUGAAAAGGCCAAGUACU